UGUUAUUACAUUUACUAGCAUUCAUUAUUUUACUGUAUAACAUACUAUUUUACAAUUCAAUAGGUACAAUAUCUAUUUAUUCUUAUUUUAUCUAAGUAUUUAGUAAUUAUCUACAUUCAUGUAAUUAGGGUACCUAUUUGAUAACAAUAAUAUUGAAAUUUCCAUACCUAGUUUGUUUUAUAACGCUUAUUAAUAUAUUUUCAUUUUUGUAUAACACUACUGUCUAUUCGCAUCAAUUAAGCAACUGUAAUGGCAAAUUGUAAAAAACAGUGUGGACCCGGAUACAAAAGUCCUCUAGAUGCAUUUAUUAAUGGCAAACGAGAAACUAUUUUGUAUACUAUAUGUAUUCAACCAAAUACAUUAACAAAAAAAAAAUCUGAUUAUUUGGCCACUAUUGAUGUAAACCCAAAUAGUCCUACAUAUUCUCAAGUGAUCUUCAGAACUAAUUUUGAAAAUGUUGGUGAUGAACUACAUCAUUUUGGAUGGAACACUUGUAGUAGUUGUUAUGAUGAUUGUACAAAAAGCAGAAAUAAAGUAAUUUUGCCUUCUUUAGGAUCAGAUCGAAUUUAUGUUUUGGAUGUGACUAACGAAAAAGCUCCUAAGUUACAUAAAACUAUUGAACCCAGUGAAGUUCAUGCUUUAAAUGUAUCAACUUUACAUACAACUCAUUGUUUACCUAAUGGCUAUGUAAUGAUUUCAACUAUGGGCGAUGCUGAAGGUAAUGGGAAAGGUGAUUUUUUAUUGAUAGAUGCUGAGGAAGGAGUAGUUAAAGAAACAUGGACAAAAGGCAACACAGCAAAAUUUGGAUAUGACUUUUGGUAUCAACCAUACUGGGAUGUUUUAGUAUCAUCUGAAUGGGGGACACCCAAAGAUUUUAAAAUCGGUUUUAAUCCUGAUCAUAUUAAUGAUAUUGGUAUUUACAAUAUUUAUAACUGGUUAUUUAUUUAUUUAACACACAUUUGUAAUUUUAAAUAUGUUUAUAAAAUAGAAAAAUAUGGACGGUCUCUCAAUUUUUAUUCUUGGUCUGAAAGAACAUUAUUGCAAACUAUUGAUCUGGGUACAGACGGCAUAGCACCUUUAGAAAUACGAUUCUUACACAAUCCUAAAGCUUCUGAAGGAUUUGUUGGCUGCGCAGUAAAUAGCAAUGUUUUUAGAUUUUUUCGCACUGAUGAUGGUACUUGGGAUUCUGAAAAAGUGAUAUCCGUACCUAAGAAAACUGUAAAAGAUUCCAAUGGAUUAAAAGAAAUUUCAGGAAUGAUCACAGAUAUUUUGAUAUCUUUGGAUGAUAAAUAUCUAUAUUUUUCUAAUUGGUUGCACGGAGAUGUCAGACAAUAUGAUAUAACAAACACAAGCAAACCAAAACUAGUUGGUCAAAUAUUUUUAGGUGGAUUAUUGUUGAAUGAUGAAUUAUUAACUAUUGUAAAAGACUCUGAGCUUAAAAAACAACCAGAACCUGUAUAUAUCAAAGAAAGACGUUUGUUUGGUUCACCUCAAAUGCUUCAGUUAAGUUUAGAUGGGAAACGGCUGUAUGUAACUACUUCUUUAUUUACACCAUGGGAUAAACAGUUCUAUCCAGAAUCUGUUAAACAUGGAUCUACAUUAGUCAAACUUGAUGUGGAUACUAUUAAUGGAGGUUUAUCGUUGGACCAGGACUUUUUGAUAGAUUUUGGAAAAGAACCAGAUGGACCUAUCAUGGCACAUGAAACAAGGUAUCCAGGAGGUGAUUGUACAUCAGACAUUUGGUUAACUGAAGAUUAAAAAGUAAUAUAUUAUUUAGGCCAUAAUAGGAUAUAUUAUAUCUACUAUAGUUAGAAUAAUACAAAAUGUGUAAUUUGCAGUAAAUUAUUAAUUUAUUUUAAAAAAGAACCAUAAAUAGAUUUUUAAUAAAUUUUAUAUAAUAAAAUCAUAAGUUGUGGGAAGUAGUGAGUAAGGGCGCAAACAUGGAAUGGCUGGGGUCGUUCCCGAAUGUCAAACAUUAUUUGCGCCUAUGGGUUAGAUAUAAUAAAAAUUACUAUUAAUGUUUAUGCUAUUAAUUGGUACAAUAUAUAUCUAUCUUAAGCAAAUGAA